AUGCAAGUACUAAACCUGACGAAUGUUUAUGCAUUGAAUCAUGUCUUUUCUCCUUCUCAUUUACCUCACUUUCAUACAGAUGAUCAUGUGGAAACUGAAUUUGUCGAAAAACAACAUUCAAUACUAUUACUUCCCGAAAUGAUUCAAUCAGUUGGAUACGAAUUCCUCACCAAUAAUCCAGAAAAUGAUAAGAAUUAUGACUCCCACAAGAGUACUCCCUUUCUAUUUUAUAAAUUUCGUUCCAAUCGAGGACUCACAGGGCACGUCAUUUACAAUGUUUUACAACGUAAGAGACAAGUUGACCAUUCUCCACAAACUUUUCAACCAAAAAAGAAAAAGAAAGAAGACAGAUUGGUAACUGUUCGUAUGAUAGACGUUUCUGAUAGUCCAAUUUUUCAUCCCAACAAGUAUGCCCUCUCUGGGAGUGCUCUGACUGCCUCUCUUGGAAAACACACUCAAUUUUUCUCUGAUCAUUACGUUACCAUUAAAAGAAGAGAAAUUGGAAAAGUUGAAGAAAUGGAGCCAAACAUUCCACAUUAUCCUUCUGAUCAAAAUUUCGAAGAAAGUGAGGGAACAUUUACAGAGAGGGAUGAGUUGGAAGGUCUGGAUGAGUGGGUUGAGGAACAUUUUCUAAAGAAUCGAACAGAAUUUGAUUAUCUGAAAGUGAUGCGACAUCGAAUGUUGAAUUUCAAAUCCAAGUUGAGAAGUGGAAAAGGUGGAAGUGCACAUUCUUCAAAUGUGGAAAUUAAUUCAAUGAAGAUUAUUGAAAACUUGGGAUAUUCUUCAAAGAUUAGAAUAGAUGUUCUUAUUGAAAUGACAAAAUUAAUGGAAAUUGAAAUUCUCAAUCAAAUAUUAACAGAUUUACAAAAGCAAAGAGAAAUAGAAAGAAGUGACAUGUUACAAGUUGAAAAAUCUAUCAGUGGUGAAAAUAAUUCAGAUAUUCUUUUAGAGGAUAAACUCCUAAUGAAUUACGAUUCAUUAUUCGAAACCCCAACACCAAAACCAAUCGUCUCUUCAACAUCCAAGAUGUGA